GACGACUAAAUUGGUGGUCCACAGUGUGUACAAGCUGCAAACGUCUUCUUCCCUUGGCUACAACAGGUGAUGGAAACUGCCUCUUGCAUGCUGCAUCUUUAGGGAUGUGGGGAUUUCAUGACCGGGACCUUGUUUUACGUAAAGCACUCUAUACUAUGAUGAGAAGUGGAGCUGAAAGGGAAGCACUGAAAAGAAGAUGGAGAUGGCAACAGACCCAGCAGAACAAGGAGUCAGGUUUAGUGUAUACCGAAGAAGAAUGGGAACGGGAGUGGAACGAACUGCUGAAGCUGGCAUCAAGUGAACCUCGUACACAUUUCAGCAAAAAUGGAGGCACUGGUGGUGGGGUCGACAACUCAGAAGAUCCAGUGUAUGAGAGCUUAGAAGAGUUCCAUGUUUUUGUCUUAGCCCAUAUUUUGCGAAGACCUAUUGUUGUAGUAGCAGACACAAUGUUACGAGACUCGGGGGGAGAAGCAUUUGCACCUAUACCAUUUGGAGGAAUUUAUUUGCCACUUGAAGUUCUACCUAACAGAUGCCAUUGCUCACCUCUUGUGCUAGCCUAUGAUCAGGCUCAUUUCUCUGCUCUUGUUUCCAUGGAACAAAAAGAUCAGCAGAGAGAACAAGCGGUGAUCCCCCUGACUGACUCUGAACACAAGUUACUGCCUUUGCACUUUGCUGUCGAUCCUGGGAAAGACUGGGAGUGGGGAAAAGAUGACAAUGAUAACACCAGGCUGGCCAAUUUGAUUCUGUCUCUUGAAGCAAAGCUUAAUCUUCUGCACAGCUAUAUGAAUGUAACAUGGAUACGCAUACCGUCUGAGACACGGCAGGCCCCUUUGGCUCAACCAGAAUCCCCUACAGCUUCAGCCGGGGAAGACGUUCAGUCUCUGGCUGACUCAAUGGACUCGGACCGAGAUUCCAUCUGUAGUAAUUCCAACGGCAAUAAUGGCAAAAACGGUAAAGAAAAAGAAAAGGACAAACAGAGGAAAGAUAAAGACAAAACCAGGACGGAUUCAGUUGCCAAUAAAAUAGGAAGCCUCAGUAAAACCCUGGGAAUUAAACUGAAAAAGAAUAUGGGUGGUCUUGGAGGCCUGGUGCACGGCAAAAUGAGUAGAGCCAAUUCAGGGAAUGGAAAAAAUGGUGACACAGUGGAGAAAGUCAAAGAGAAGAAGUCUAAGUCUCGAAAAGGAAGCAAAGAGGAAUCAGGACAGUCUGCGAGCACUUCUCCAUCUGAAAAGACCACUCCAUCUCCAACUGACAGAGCUAGCAACUCACCCAUUGAAAAGAUGAACACUAAAUCCUUCUCCGACAAGCAGUCUGACCCAUGGAAGUACAGCACUGAUGUGAAACUCAGCCUAAAUAUUUUGAGAGCUGCCAUGCAGGGUGAACGAAAGUUUAUUUUUGCUGGCCUUCUUUUGACCAGUCAUAGGCAUCAGUUCCACGAGGAGAUGAUAGGCUAUUACUUGACCAGUGCGCAGGAGCGUUUCAAUGCAGAGCAGGAACAGAAAAGAAAGGAUGCUGAGAAAAAGGCUGCAUUGAAUGGGUCAUCUACUAGGAAACUGGAGCCAGAAGCAUAUUCAAAAGAAAAAUUAGAAACAUCUCCUCAGGGUAGGGCAUCACCCGUCUUGCCUCAAAGCCAUACAACUCAACUGGUUUUAAAAUUUAAAGAUCGCACUAGUCCCACUCCUGGGUCAUUUUCUUCACCUAGUAAUGGUGCUAAGAAAAGUGGACCCAUUCCGGUAUCUGCCCACUAUAGCCAUACGCCACCUGUUCAAAGGCAAAGCGUCAUCCAUUUGCAUGAUGUCAACUCCAAGCCAUCGAGCUUCCAAGAUGAUACCUACAAGCCAGUGGUUGGCACCUUAAAAACCUGUGCCACCUAUCCCCAGCAAAACAGAUCACUGUCUUCUCAAAGCUAUAGCCCAGCCCGGAUAUCUGGUAUCCGUACUGUGAACACAGUGGAAUCGCUGAGCUAUGCCAUGCCCACUGAACACAAGUCGCAGACAUACACAAAUGGAUUCAAUACUGGUGAUAUUAGAGACUGCUUAGAAUAUGCUGAUGAGGAUGCUCCUCAGACCUGGUUGAACAAUGAUAAAAAUCAAGGCAGAAGCACAGUUUGCCCAAUAUAUUCCAUCCAGCAGAACCGCUGUAAGAAGGAGAACUGUUCCUUUUAUGGUCGUCCUGAGACUGAAAAUUACUGUUCAUACUGCUACAAAGAAGAGUUAAAGCGCAGAGAGAGAGAAAGCAAGGGACAUAGGCAUUGAGGAUUCUUCCGUGACUACUUAGUUUUACCAUUUUCUUACUUACAAAGUAAACAGUGUUGAAUUGCAGUAAAAGGAAUCCUUAAAAAAAAGAAUAAAGGAUUGAUGA